AUGCCGAACGGGACGUUCGGAAACGUCUAUAAUUUUUGGGAAGGUGAUACCUCUAGCGUAGACCUGACGCGAGGUGCAGGAGACGGAGUCUCCAUCAAGACCUCGAGUGGAAAUUCAGACACCAUCACAAUCACUCCGAAUGCGAGCGCCUUGGUGAUUGUCGACAUGCAGAACUUCUUUAUUCACCCCAACCUUUCCUCUUCCUCCGGUGGCCGUGACAUCGUUCCCGCCACGAUCUCCACCAUCAACGCUUUCCGCGCCAAUAACAUGAAGAUCCUCUGGGUCCAAUGGGGUUUAACGGACCUCGACCUCCACACCAUCGCGCCUAGUUUCCUCUUUACCUUCGGUGAUGGCGAUUCAGAAUCGACAUUCGGGACAGAGAUGGGAUUCAUCAACGAUAAUGGGACGGAGGUGGAUAUGGGGAGAAAGUUGAUGAGAGGGAGUUGGAACGCACAGGCGUGGGGAGAGUUGUACGAUGUGCAGACGGCGGGCAUUGCGAAUGGGACGGAUUUCUACUUCAACAAGAAUCGCCUGAGUGGUAUGUGGGGGGACAGGACGGCGAUGGAGCAGUUCCUUCAGGACCAGGGAAUCACCACUUUGUUCUUUGGUGGCGUGAAUACGGACCAGUGCGUCUAUGGGACUCUGCUGGACUCCGCCUAUAAGGGAUACGACACGAUCUUCAUGACAGAUCUAUCCGCUACUACCAGCCCAAGCUACGCCACGGAAAUGGUUGUCUUCAAUGCCGGAGGGUUGGGAUGGGUGGCGAACUCUUCCGCCCUACUAUCGGCUUUGACUUGA